AGAGAAGGGAGGUAUUUUUCAUACAGAAAUACAGAGGCCACGUUCAGUGUCCUCGUUAGACAAAUCACCCAGCAUUCGUUGCUUUGAAGUGGAAUCAGGCAGUCUCUUGCAGAGCACAAGCAGGACUCGCACAGCAGCAACUGGAGUCACUGCUGCUUCUGACUGUGCACAAGAAGUCGAUACUUACUUUGAUGCUGACUCUCUUGCCUGGCAGCAAUGUCCUGUCUCUAAUGACUACAAUUUGAUGACUUCUAAAUGGUGAACACUGAGAACCAACCGGUCCUGUAAGAGACCCCGAUGUCUGGAAGCAACAGGUUCUCCAUCCAUCUGUGUCUCACUUUAAGCACUUGUGGCAUUGAGUGGUGGAAGUCGUGGGCUCGUGUCUGUCAGAAGCAAAGGAUGUGCCUCUCAGUAGCAGUCCUUCACUUCCAGCUGUUGUACUUCUCAGGACAGCCAGUGUGUCAACGCAUGUCUGUGUGUGCACGCUGAAUCAAAGUGAUCAGCUGCUGUAAGCCUGUCUCCAUUCUGACACUGGUCUUCAAACCACUCCAACUAACUGGCUGUCAUGACUACUGAUAACCACCCUGUAGCUGUCUCCUGUAGCAGAAGCUUGCUCUGAUGAAGGGGACAGAAGACCCAGUCCUGGGGGAACAGGCAGCACUGCAGCUUGCACCUAGAGCUGGCAGCCAGAUGGACAGCCUAUGCUGCUCUGUGGUGACAGACCCCGGGGCCUGGGCAGCAUCCCUGGCUGAGCCCUUCUGGGGCCAAAGAAACACACAGCGAGCCUGAGGUCUCGAGCUGGGGAGGCCCUACUUCAAGCAAAUAAGUCCUCUGUGGAACUCUGUCCUGGUACUUAUUCCAAAAGUGGCCAGCAACUCAGACGUGACUUACUAAGUGAGGAUAAUGAAGUAGAGAGAGAGAAAAGAGAUAAAGCUGGGAGUAUAGCUCUCUGAGGUUGUUUGGGUAGAGCAGGUGAAUACCUAAGGGCCUUCAUUACUGUGCAGAAAGGAAAAUGUGUUGGUUUAGAGCACUGCUUCAUUUGCUGCAUUUCAGAAGACAAGCAGAGGGGGAAGGUGGCUCCAAGUCAGGUUUUUAGGGUGUUCUCUGUGAGAGCAGGAUGUAGGUAGGAGGAAGCAGGAAGAAAUUGAACCUCAUCAUUUUUGUGAUUGAAGGAGAACCAUGUACUGUGCCAAAGAAGGCUUUGAAUCCAAACACAUGGUGCUAAUGGUUUCAGCGUGCUGAAGCUCUGAGGCUUGGUGCUGUGGUUGGUGAGGUGCCACCUGUAGUGCUCCAGCAGUGCAGCUGAAAUGCAUCGUUGGUGUGGGGGCAGAGUGUGUGUGUGUCUGUGUACAUAGCCAGCAUUUCCCUUUCCAGGCCUGCAGGCACUGAUCUGCCUGCCACUGCCCAGACAGGGCCCUGCCUACAUGGCAGCACGGCGGCUCAGGAGGGCUGCUGACGUAGCAGGGUCUGAGCAGGUACAAUAGCCAUGAUACCUAAUAGACCGCACACGUGGUUACAACGUGCUGGGUAGAGUCCUAUUCCAAAUGAUGCUAAAACUGGCAGCUUUGCAGUGGGACCUGAGCUUUCUUUGUUGUUGUUCACAAAGAUAGAGGUCUCCGUGUGGUUGAAAUCUGCUUCGUUGCGUUUGGUUGGAGGUUUUUAUUUUGAGAAGGGAGGUAACUUCAGGUCUUCAAAAGUAAAAAUGAGAUCAAAACCCUGGCAGCUGUUCAAGACAAAUGAGAAACCUCACAACGAAGGGCUUUCUGUCACCUUGGAGACAUGGCUUCAAAAAGCGAGUUAGAGUAAUUUUAGUUUCAGACUUCCCUCUGUCCUUGUCCCUCCCAUGCAAAUUCUGUUUUUACACUUACCAUAUCCUGUUUAGCUUUGCUUCUUUUCUAUAUAAACAGGGGAAUUUGGCAAAGCUCGGGAGAACACUGAGAAUGACCUUGCACGUGAUGUUUCGGAGCAUGAAACCAGUGCUUGGAAACAGACAAAGCUAAACCUGCCCAAUAACAGAUUAAAAAACAAGAUCAAACAUUUCCAGAUCAUACAGAUAAACAUAAAAAGCUCAGAAGUCUAAUUUUAAAUUCUUGGAUUUUUACGUAGCGCUGGGUCUUUAUUCUGCAGAAGAAUAUGGCAUUUAGGCAACAAGGUUUUUGUGGUAAGAGAGGCUGGAGGAAGAUUAAAUAAGGAGUAAUCUAAUUUGCAGUAUGGAUGUAAUCUGGUAACUGUUCACUGUCAGAACGGCCAGCGUUGUUCUGCGCUGUGGAGCUGCAGGGGUUACCAGGUGAGGCUGUGCCAUGGCUGGAGACUGGAGCAAUUAGAGAGGAGAUUAGGAUAAAGUAGUGCUCCUAUCCACUGAAGAAUGUAAAUAUUUUGAAUAUUUUCAAUAGUUGACACUUCUCAAUAACAGACCUCCUCUGAUGAGUACCCUCACCAUGAGGGCCAGCUACAGGAAGCACAGAAGCCCUCCCAUGUACUUGAAGUCACCUGAGAUGCGUAGACUUUCCGCUCCCACUCAGAAGAUAUUUCAAAACAAAUUGUUUUUAAAUUACUGGGCAGAUUAGAUUACAGUUAAAUAUCUAUUUUAUUGCCCAGGUAAUGUUCUUGGAAUGUGGGAGGGAGCCAUGCAGGACAGACUGGCAGUCAGUGUGCCGGUGUCCAGUGCCACCUCCUCCUGUAGGACUGCCACGGGCAGUGUGGGGCAGGAAGACAAUCCUGCACUGGGGCUUCACGGCACAGCCACACAUGGAAGUCACGUGCAUCCCUCUCUCUGCAACACAUUUUACAAGAAUAUUAUGCUAUCAGAUGUAAGCUAUAUUGCUAUGCACGUGUGCACUGCUGCAUGAUGGUGACCACCAUCUCCUAACUGCAGGCUUAAUGAGACUUAUUCAGUACGGAUUUAAUAUACUAUGUAAUCACUAUGUGAUUUUAGACAGUUAUUACGUACCACCUUUUCCAUAAGCGCUUUUCAUAGAACAAUCAUCACUGACAUCUAUUUUCCCCUCCUGGUUGCUGCUUUUGGGAUAACUCUGUGUUUCCUCACAGCCGCCCCUCAGUCCGGUGGCGCCUGUUGACACGUCAUGCUGUAACGCACACUCCACAGGAAGGAAGAUAAGGUGGCAUUUCAGAGAUGUUCAUACCAUAGGAUGCCCACUGCUUGGGAUGAGGGGCAGGGUGGCUGUCAGCACUCCCAUCUCAGGAGCUGUUUUUGGUAGCAGCCACGGGGAAAGCCAAAGAAGUCAAGCACUGAGGGAUGAAGACAAAGAACAAACAUUAUAAGGGACACAGAUUAUUAAAAGAAGCUUGGCCACACUACCUCCCCAUAAGCGACUGCCGUUUGUGUUAUCACAGUGCUGAAGGAGAGCUGGGAGUGAGCUGUCAGCGGAUGGGCCUGCUGAAGCGAAUCACGUUCUGCACUGCGUGCUCUGCAGCUCCCGAACAAAACGGGCUAAGCAGGAAACAAAAGCUGGGCUCUGACUCCUGCUGCACUGGCUCAAAGGCAGGACACGUGGCAGGACGGGCCCAGGGAAGGGCUGGGGCAGAGCCCCACAGGUGCCUUCACACCCCCGCGGUUCCGUGAUCGUGUGCCUGAGGUCGGAGCUCUCCUAUGCUGCACGUGUAUGGGAUGGGAUCGCCGCUCCUGGGCCUCGGGGGCUCAUGACUCGAAAUGUGAAUCUAAUUUUUUUCUUUAGGAAGAUUUGACUUCAAAUGCCAUUAAAUCACGCAGUUAUAGAAUGGCUUGGGUUGGUAGGGCCCUUAAAGCUCGCCCGGCUCCAAACCCUGCCACAGCAGGGCCACCGCUGCCAGACGAGGCUGUCUAGGGCUCACCCAGCCUGCGCUUGAGCACUCCAGGGCUGGGGGCAUCCACAGCCGCUCGGGGCAGCCCUUCCCUCCGAAUUUGCCGAGGGACAAAAUCCGCGAUCGCGCGCGGCGCUCGCAAACCGUUCUCCCCAGAACCCGGGCAGCGCUCCCCGCGGCCCGCUAUGCCGGGCUCCUCGGCGCUCCGCCGGCUGUCGGGGCGGCACCGGGCGCGGCGGCGGGGGGCUCUCCUCGCCUCGCUGCCGAGGCGGUCCCGGCGCCCGGGGCGGCGCGGCACCGGCCCCCGUCGGGGAGCGGCGAUGGGGCGGCGGGGGCAUGCGCACUGCGGGGCGGCCUCUCGCCCCGCGCAGCUAUGCCAAGUAUGUGCGCGGCGGCGGCGCGGCGGCAGCCGGGCGCGGGGAGGCACGCCGCCAUGGGGCAGCUCCCGCCGUGCCGGGGGGCGGCCGCCCGCUGAGCGCCCAGGCAUGGCCGAGCCGCUGCGCAGGACGCUCUCCAAGCUGCGCGGCAGGAGGUCCCCGCGCGGGGCGGCGGCGGGCGGCGCGCACCGGCACGGCGGGGGCUGCGGGCCGCAGGCAGAUCUAAUAGAAAAUGUAUACGUAGCCCCGCGGGGCAGGAAGGAGCCCAAGUCUCUGAAGGCAAGCGAGCCCCCCGAGCACCGGCCACAGAUGAACAGCAUCACUGUUUCUAAGAAGCGCAACUGGCUGCACCAGAGCACCCACCGAGCGCCCCGGCUGGAGGGAGAAAGCAUGUGUAAGAAGACACCGGGUGCUGUCACCCAGGCCCCACGGUCCUCCAGCCCGCUGCCUGCACCAAGGGUGACUCCUGCCAGGUCCCCGGGAGGGCCGGAGGGCCCCAUCCCCGGCUGUGGUGCUGCGAGCGCCCUUCCGAAUGCCACGGGCUCUGCCACGCUGCGACACUGCGCCUUUGACUUUGGAGAGGACAACGAUGCAGAUGAUGAAGGAGAAAUAUGGUACAACCCCAUCCCGGAAGAUGAUGAGCCAGCUGUCCUGCGAGUCCUCCAUCCUGCUGCCCAUAACCCUGCCACUGCGGACUGCUCUGCAGGCUGCUGCAAAAGCCUGCCUGUCAGGCCCCUCGAUGUCCCCCCACGCUCCCCGGAGAGAGCAGGGGACACUCAGCCUGGCGAGCUGGGUCCUGCCGACACCACGCAGCCUGGAGAGCACCUGCAGCAGCAGCGGCAGAGGUUUGCCUGCAAGCCCCAAAGCAUGCUGGCAGCAGAGGACAAUCCUGCAUUUAAGUGCCCCUCAGCAGGGCCCGGAGUUGUACUUGCACACAAGAUUGAUAUACCAAUAACAGAAGUUUCUCCUCCAAGCCCGAGUCCCUUGAAAAAAAGCGGAUCAAUCAAUUGGCCUUUCCCCGAUCGAAUUAAAUCUCCCAGAACUGUGAGGAAGCUUUCCAUGAAAAUGAAAAAACUGCCAGAACUCAGCAGGAAGCUGAGUGUCAAGGGAACUUCAAGCCAUAAUAGCUCAGAUAAUCCUUCUUCCCUGCCGAAAGGGAGCUCUCGGGAUACAAGCCAUACAGCGUCUUUGCCCUCUUCUGGCAACUCAGCUGCAGCUGCCAGCAGGAACGUCAUAAGUCGUUACCAUCUCGACAGCAGCGUGUCGUCACAGCACGCCUACAAAAAGAAAAGCUCAAGGAGUUCCAAAUCCUCCAGCAAAGGUGGUUACCUCAGUGAUGGUGACUCUCCUGAACUUUUAACCAAAUCAGGUAAACAUGGACAUGAAACCAAGUGUGGGAAAGGAAAAGAGAGCCUUCCAAGUAACAGUGGUAAAACUGAGAUAGAUAUCGAUGCUUUCAGGCACUACAACUUUUCUGAUCAACCCAAGUGUUCCCAGUACAUCUCUGGACUUAUGAGCAUUCACUUUUAUGGUGCUGAGGACUUGAAACCACCGAGAAUAGACUCAAAAGAUGUCUUUUGUGCAAUACAGGUUGACUCGGUAAACAAAGCAAGAACAGCCCUGCUUACAUGUAGGACGACGUUUCUAGAUAUGGACCACACAUUCAACAUAGAAAUUGAAAAUGCUCAGCACUUAAAGCUGGUGGUGUUCAGCUGGGAGCCCACCCCACGGAAGAACCGUGUUUGUUGUCAUGGCACUGUGGCUCUUCCUACUCUCUUUCGAGUGACAAAGACACAUCAGCUGGCUGUCAGGCUGGAGCCAAGGGGGCUUAUUUAUGUCAAACUGUCGCUUAUGGAGCAGUGGGAGAACUCUCUUGAUGGUCUGGAUGCAGAUCGGGAACCAGUGAUGUUUGGUGUAGAUGCUCGAAAGGUUGUAGAGAAGGAAAACACAGGCCUGAUGGUGCCACUUUUAAUUCAGAAAUGCGUAAUGGAAAUUGAAAAAAGGGGCUGCCAGGUUGUAGGCCUGUAUCGGCUGUGUGGCUCCGCAGCGGUUAAGAAGGAGCUUCGGGAGGCGUUUGAGAGGGACAGCAGGGCGGUGACUCUGUCUGAAAGCCGGUACCCGGAUAUUAAUGUGAUAACAGGUGUCCUAAAGGAUUACCUGCGAGAGCUGCCCUCUCCGCUGAUAACCAAACAGCUCUACGAAGCAGUGGUGGAUGCCAUGGUGAAAAAUCCCUUGAAGAUGGCAGCCACCGGUUGUGAAAAUGACCCCAGUGACUCUGAGCAUGCAGCAGCCCUUCUGGAUUGCCUCCCAGAUGUUGAGAAGGCUACCCUGAAGAUGCUGUUGGAUCACCUGAAACUGGUGGCUUCUUACCACGAAGUAAAUAAGAUGACAUGCCAGAACUUAGCUGUGUGUUUUGGGCCCGUGCUACUGAGCCAGAAGCAGGAGACCACCAACCACAACAACAGAGUCUUCACAGACUCAGAGGAGCUCGCUAGUGCCCUGGACUUCAAAAAACACAUAGAAGUUCUUCACUAUUUACUCCAGCUGUGGCCAGUGCACCACUCACCUGCCCAGGAAGCCGCACAUCCCAGCACGCCUCCCGAGCACCCAUCGUCCCUGCGUUACCUGAGGCCGCGGCGGCAGAGACCGCAGAUGCUGAACCUGAGCAGCGCUGACGCAUGCGGGGUGCUGCGGCCGAGGCCGGCCGGCCUGGACAGCCCUUCCAGCAACCGCUACGCGGGCGACUGGAGCAGCUGUGGGGAAGGGUACUUCUGCAGCCCCAGGGACUGCCUGGGCGAGGCAGACUAUGACGAUGUCCCUUCGGAGGACUCGGAGAGCGGGGACGACAGAUGCGGAGUCGAUGAUGCCGAUGGCCUGAUGAAGCGCCCGCAGCCCCUCCCCGGGGAACACGCAUUCCAGAGCUACCUGACAAUGCAGGCGAUAGACUCAGCGGGGAGCCACAGGGCAAACCUCAAGGACCUACAGGAAAGCAUCGAUACCCUGAUAGGAAACCUGGAAAGGGAACUCAACAAAAACAAGCUGAACAUGAGCUGCUGAGCCCAGCCCUGCGCGGCGCCUCCUGCUGCGUGCUGCAGCAAGGCCGAGGCCUGCCGUGUGAACGAACCUGCUUGCAGGCAUUCCCUCAUGUUUGUGCAUUCCUUGUAGAAGAGCGUGUUGACCUGAUUCCGGUGUUUAAGGCAGAAGCUGAGAGACCACAAAGUGACUCCACGUAGUGACAUUUCUCCCUAAAAAUGCCAUGCCCGCAUCUGACAGGAGGGCAGGCACCAUCCGCUGUUUGUAACAGCACGGCUCUCCCUCCUGAAACUCAGCUCUGGUACAGAAGUUCCUCUUGGAAGGGGACUAACGCUGCUCGGCCUGAGCUUUGCAGCAUUAACUUCAGACAAACUCAUUUUACUAUAUAUGCAAUGGCUGCUAUGAAAAGUGCUUUAUAUAUAUGUAUAUAAAAAUAUGAAGAUAAAUAUUUAUAUAUGAAGUUUUAAUUGUACAAAUAUUAAUGUAUUCAUGUAUUAACACUUUUCAGUAAUUAUUUAAGCAAGCAAAAAUUAAAUAUUUUUCUAACCUUGUUGUAUAUA